AUGCCCAGGGGAACAUUCAACGGAAAACGCUGGUGUAUGUAUCCGAAUUCGCAUAACGAAGUGUUGCAACGUCUCAACAGCCACGGCCUUACUCCCGAUUUCCACCACGUUGAUGACGAAGUUGGGUGUAUUCAGAGUUACGACACCAACAUAAUGGGCCGUUUCCUUUGCAACAACAGUAAUUGCGACGUGCAAGGGUGGUCAAGCAAGCAGAUUGCAAUUACUAUACGGAUGUAUAGCGGAAUGAAGUAUAACGCGAGAGUUUAUUACCAACGCUGCAGAGGCUGUAAGAGACUAAGCCGGCCACAUAUGGAUCACUCGUAUGCAGAGCGAGUCACGUAUCGCAUCAAGAAGUGGUCUGGUAUAGAGGUAGAAGUGCCACCGUACACAGCUCAAAGCAAUGGACCGCACGAGACCAGACUAUGUGAGGGAUGUAAGCAUGGCCACUGCAGUCAGCGAUGA